AAUGAUUUUUAUUGAUUGGAAGCACACUACAACUCAAUUCUAAACACUGCUUUCAAUGACCCAUGACACUCAAUUCAAGUUGUAUUUGAGUAUCAUGUUAUAAUUUUUAUAGAUCCAUUAAUUCAAUAUGCGUAUUAAUAUCAGUCUUAAAAGUAUCCAUUCUUUUCAAAUAGUCUUUUAAUUUCUAGUUUUAUUUUUUUCUAAAGAAGCUCAUAGAAAUAUGUUGAUUGAAUUUAGUAAUUUCUGUCACUGUUAUGAUACGAUAAAUGAUUUUCCUUUUUGUUAUAUUUUGCCAUUAUUAUCUCCUCUGAUUCUCAACCACUGA